GUAUAUAAGGAUGAUGAAGGAUAUAUUUUUCAUAUCAAAACAGUUUCUAUUUGAGGUCAUGUCUGCUCCAAAAACCACAGAAGACACUCCACCUCCUCUGGUUUAUUUGGUAAACUUUGAAAACUACCUCAAGCCAAAACAUUCUACGAAAUGCCAACCUCUUCAACGAUUCGAGAAACCAAUUGGCAAGGUAUCAAGGAUAACAAGGAACCUGAAGCGUUUGAAACUCAUCAGAUGGUACUAUAGUGCCUCGCAGCGUUUUGGCCAGCUGCCUUUACCCAAAUUCCUGGAGUUCCUGCGCGCCCGAAACGACGAUGGCCUCUGCAAGCGAAAGACUGGCUUUGAGAUCUACUGCGAAAUGGCCAGCAUCCAUGGCUUCCACAUUUUUGUUGGCGCCAAGACCUGGCAGCGUAUUCUCUGGUGGUUGCUCAUCUGCACGGCAGUCUUACUUUCACUCUUAAUAGUGACCAUGUCACUUUCGAUGAGCAACGAAAGGCCUACAAUGCGUUCCAUAACCACCAUGAUGAAGCCCUCUUCUGAAGUACCUUUUCCGGCGAUUACCAUUUGUGCUUUUGAAAUGUUUCCCCUCACAAGACUUCGAAGUAAAUCGAAGGAAUGGGGUGUACCCCCAGAAAUGCUAUGGAACUUGAACUUUACGAGCCUACAACCAUUAAUCAGCAAAAAUAUAAGUUGGAAAAAUGUUCUGGAGGAACUCGCCACUCCAAUGUGUAAUCAAAUCCAAAGAUGUGAAUGGGACAGUCCCUUGAGAAACUGUACAGAUAAGCUCACUGCCCUUUGGACCCUCGACCAAAGACUUUGCUGCAGCUUCAACCACCAACAACAGCUCUUCAGUUCCCAUUUAGGACUUACUUUGGCCCUAAACCAGGGAUGCCCAGUCCCUCCUACUAAUAAUUCUUUUGGUUAUGAAGUUCUUGUUCAUGAUUCGUAUGAGAUACCAACUGAGAUGACUUCGCGAUUAUUAGUUUCCAGUGGUUCAGUCGCCCACAUAAUGGUGCAACCCUUUGUCAACCGCAUCACACCAAGUCUUGCCCAAAUAUCAGUAGGGAUGCGAGGAUGUUAUCUUCAGAAAGAGCAUUCCCGGUUAUCCUCUUCUGUCUAUAGUCAAAUUAACUGCCUUGCCGAAAGUCGAAGCGAAGAAAUUCACAAAUCUUGUGACUGCGUUCCUCCUCAUUAUCCCUCUCGAUCAGGGUGGAAAGUAUGUGAUCUUGAACAACUGCAUUGUGUUAGAGAAUGUGAAAACAAUGAAAAGUUCAAAGAAGAACAAGCGAGAUGGAACUGCCUUCCGCCUUGCCAAUUCAAUCGCUAUGAGUUCCAGAGUGAUAUACAGAUUUUAAAAUCAAUGGAAAACCUUAGCAACGCCAGCCAACCGAAUCAUCGAAGCCAGCAAGUCCUUUUGCGUGUCUACUACGACUCUCCGAUGGCCGAGGAAAUCGUUUUGGACGUUUACGAAAACUGGCUAACAUUUAUAGGAACCUUCGGCGGCAUAACCGGUCUAUUUAUGGGCUGCAGCUUUGUGUCUGUCUUCGAGCUGAUAUUCUUUUCGUGUGUUCGACCCACUUGCAACUGGCUGACCCGCCAGCAGAUAAUGUGGCGCCGCCGUCGGAGGCAGAGAGUGGGUCAGGCCAACGAGGUCGUUAGGCGGGCUAAUUAG